UUGAGGGUGGCAGCAACAGAAGCUGGAAGAGAUCUUCUGCAUCAUGAGGUGCCACCCUGGAUCAUCAUACAACCUGCUGGGCUACUGAAGUGUAUCCAGGCAUUAACCUUCUUACUUUCAUAGGGAAUUUCAAAAUAUUCUACUUCCCUAUUGAUGUGGAAGAGAAGAAAUAGCAGAUAUACUCACAAGAAGCACAUAUGCUGAGUAAUGAUAAGAGCAACUACUACGGUACAAGUCUAAGUCUUAUCUUUGGAGAAUGAUGCACUGGAACAGACUGCCCAGUGGAGUGGUCAAUGAGGCCAUCUAGUUGGAGGCCUGUAUCUAGUGGAGUGGCUCUAGGACAGAUGAACAUAGAAAGGGUUGCUAGAAACUGUUUGGAAGACUUUCUGCAAAACGUGAUCUCCAGGUGAAAGAUCCACUGAGUUAGACAGCUCUACUGAAAGCAAGUGUCUUUUAUCAGGCUCUGACAGCCGCCCAUUCUCCUGCAAUGUCUUCAGCCCUUGACACCAACAUGAGGUUCAAGUUCUCGAUUCUGGCUCUUCUUCUCGAAGUGAUCAUCAUUGUUUUGUUUGGGAUAUUCGUGGAAUACAAGAACAGCGUUGCCACUUUAUACCCAUUCUUUCAGGAUGUCCAGGUGAUGAUAUUCAUUGGAUUUGGUUUCCUGAUGACCUUCCUGAAGAAAUAUGGAUUCAGCAGUGUUGGUAUCAACAUGCUCAUUGCUGCCUUCGGUCUCCAGUGGGGAACCCUGAUGCAAGGAUUUUGGCACAUGGAAAGAGGGAAAAUUUGUGUUGAUAUCAGAAGAAUGAUAAAUGCAGACUUCAGUACAGCAACUGCUUUGAUUUCAUUUGGAGCAGUCCUGGGGAAAACAAGUCCUGUUCAGAUGCUGAUCUUGACAAUUCUGGAGAUCACCAUCUUCGCAUGCAAUGAACAUCUAGUCACAGAAAUACUUCAGGCAACAGAUGUUGGAGCCUCAAUGACUAUUCAUGUUUUUGGAGCUUAUUUUGGUUUGGCCGUAACCCUCGUCUUGUAUCGUCCUGGUUUAAAAAACAAACAUGAAAAUGAAGAAUCUACCUAUCACUCAGACAUAUUUGCCAUGAUUGGUACCCUGUUCCUUUGGAUUUUUUGGCCAAGUUUUAACUCUGCCAAUGUACCUGAACAAACUGACCGGAUUCGAGCAGUUGUCAACACUUACUAUUCCUUGGCUGCAUGUACUGUCGUAACAUUUGCCCUCUCCAGCCUGCUAGAUCAAAGAGGCAAAUUCAGCAUAAUUCUCAUUCAAAAUGCCACCCUGGCAGGAGGAGUAGCAAUUGGAACCUGUGCUGACCUGUCAAUCCAUCCUUUUGCUGCCAUGUGCAUUGGGAGCAUCGCUGGAAUCAUCUCUGUCCUUGGGUUCCACUUCCUCACUCCUUUGUUGGCAUCCAAACUGAACAUUCAUGACACUUGUGGAGUUCACAAUUUACAUGGUUUACCUGGAAUACUGGGAGGCAUCACUGGCAUCGUGGUAGCUGCAAUAAAAGAGGAAGUUAGGCAAGAUGACAGCUUUACUCCUGGAAUGCAGGCUGCUGCCCUGGGCAGUUCACUUGGAAUUGCACUGGCAGGUGGAGCAUUGACAGGUGGUAUUCUAAAGUUGCCCUUCUUGGGACAAGCAUCUGACCAGAAUUGCUUUGAUGACUCUGUUUAUUGGGAGGUUCCAGAAAAGGAGAAGACACAUGAAAUUCACUCCAACAACCAUGAUGAGCACACCAGAUUUGAAGCCACUAUGUAGAAAAAUAGUUAAUCUAUAAUAUUCAUCCUAAUGAUUCUCUUUUCAGUUUGUAAUGCUAAAAAAUGACAUCUGAGUAUUGCCCUAACUACACUAGGCUUUCAAGAAGGGGUUGUAUAUAGCUAUAUUUUUUGUAAUAUGAAACAGGCUUGAUUUUUUAAUAUAUAGUCAUUAUGCCAAGGUCAGGUCAAUUAAUUAUAUCCUUCCAAUAUAUUUGUGCAUCAGAAAAACCCACCACAAACUGCUCUACAAACUUGUCUGUAUUUUACCUUUCAUCAACCUUUGUGUUUCAAGCCUAUUACAGGAUAUCAUAUUUAACUUUUCAAAUUUCUGAGUUAGAGUCACAUCCUUCAACUGCUUAGGGAUAAUCGGGAAGAGAAAGAUUGAUAUUUCUUUUAAUUUGGAUUCUAACAAGCUUUUUACCAGAGCAUUCCAGAUUAACUUACAGAAUAUAGUGAUUGAUGAGGUAUACUCAGUGACAAUAUGAGUAUAAAGAUUCUUUGUUAAUACAUUUAUUGAAAGGGAGAAGAAAGCAAAAUGGUGAAAAUUUAAUUAUUGGCAUAGAUCUAUUUAGAUUGUUUCAAGGACAUUCUAAGGGAAUUGAGUAGGACCUAUGAAAAACAAGUAAAUACAUAAUAAGUCUUAUUAUGUUCAAGAGCAAUAAGUGGAUAUUAGCAUUGUUAAUGUCAAUAGAUAUAAACUGAAUUAAAUAUUAACUUCAAGAAGAGGCAUGACUUGUUAGGAACUGGUCAGAAAGCACCUCUGUUCAACCUACAGAAGACACAGUGGAGAACUUCAGUGUGGUGAGUUGCUACAUUUAAAGUCACUGCCUCCUGAAACAAGAAAAAGCAGAAAGAAGAAAAUGAAAACUAAAUUAGGAAAAAUUAACUCCCCCUGAGAAGUGAUUAUAAUGGCUUCUCAAUUAAUACAAAAAAAAUGAGGUAUCUGAAGGAAUUCUGUGAGAUGACAGUAACUGUGGGAGCAGAGUCACACAUCGGUGCCUACCUACAUAAUCCAUUGAGAGGCAAUGGAUGGGAGAUGAAAAUCUAACAGAAAGAUUACAAUGCCUCUGGGCUACCGCUGAUGUCUCAAAAGGACACACUCCAGUGGAUGAAUUUUCAAGACUUUUUAAUAUUAGAAUCUUAUUUCAAGUCUUACUUAUCAGAUAUAAGAGGAAAACUCUGCUUGUAUAAAAUAGCACAGAUCUCUUCCAUUCUGCUGAUGUAUUUUUCCUUGAAAAAACUUAGAAAGAUACCGGGCAGGGCUGUUCCAUAUGUUAUAUGAGCUCUAUACUGCUAUAUAUGUUGGAUUUAUAUCUAUGAAUGAAAAUACAUCUGUUGUAACAUACUUUAGUUCAGAUAUGCUCUUUUGUAGAUGUGCAACAACUGACUCUUUUCUACCUUUGUGGCUAGAAGACAUAUUUUAUCCUUUCAAAGUUGUCACACAAUCAUUUUUUGAAAAACUGAGAAGGCAUUUAACAAUGUAAAUAUUGCAUAUGUAAAGAUUUUAGCAGUAUUUUAUACAUAAUUUACAAACACAAAGCACUGAAGUACUUGAAAAAGAUUCCAUAUGUAGACAGACUGUAAAAAUCUUAUCAUUGAUACAUGAAGCUCACCACUCAAAAUCCUGCUUGGGUAUUCAGAGGGUCUUUUGUUCACCUACAGCUCUGAGGUAAAUUCACUGAUCAUGAGUGUCGAUCUCAAAGGAAUACCUGAGUGAAAAAGUACAACUCACCAUGAGUAAAUCUUUCAGAAUGAUGACCUCAAUAGUUAUCUUUAGUACUUUAAAACAAAAGAGGGAAAAAUAAAUGAUCCAGUUUUGUUC